AUGGUGACCGCGACUACGGAAGCGCCCUUUGGCAUCGUUGACAUGGGAUCCAAUGGCAUUCGCUUCGGUAUUGUAAGUGCCUUGGCCCGUCAUUUGCCCGUCGCCUUUGAAGAACGAGCCCCCAUCUCUUUGCUAGACAGUCAAGGUGACGAACGUAUCGUGCCCUCGGAUACCAUGGACCAAGUUAUUUCCAGCUUUUUACGGUUCAGAUCUUUGUGUCAAGAUUCCGGCGUAAAUCUCGCCAAUGUGCGUGUUAUUGCCACCGAAGCGACUCGAGUAGCGGCCAAUUCAGCCGAAUUUCUUCAACGCAUAUACGAUGCAACAGGGUGGACGGUCUCUCUACUGACAAAGGAAGAAGAAGCACUGAUUUCAGCCUCUGGCAUUGUUGGCUCCUUUUACAAAGUGAAUGGAUUGACCAUGGAUCUGGGUGGUGGAUCCGUGGAACUCAGUUAUGUGACAACGGUGACGGAAGGCGAAGGCGAGAAUGCAGCCCAAGCGGGAAAUAUUCGUGUAGCCAAGGAACCUGUCUCCUUACCAUAUGGGGCAGCGGCAUUAAAAAGAAAACUCGCCCUCUGCCGAACAUCCGAGGAACGCCAAGCUCUGUACGAUGAAAUUGUGGAACAAAUAAGCGAUGCUGCCGUACGGACUCAACCACCCAGUCAUCUCUUGUAUGAAGACGGCUAUGAUCUGUAUAUGAGUGGUGGUGGUUUUCGUGCACUAGGAUAUCUGUCAAUGGCCUUGAAAGGGCAAGACGACCUGCUGCCACCAAAGCAGAUGAACCACAAAUUGACAUACCCGAUUCCUAUCAUCAAUGGUUACAGUAUCCAAGGCAAAAAACUCUACAAACUGGCAGAGUUCUAUCGAGACAAGGAUCCUGAGGACAUGAUGCGCCAAUUGCGUGUAUUCCGUAUCUCGAAACGCCGUGCAAGCAUGAUUCCCGCCAGCUGUUUCCUCGUCUCGGCUAUCAUGAAAGUGCUCAAGAUCCGUCGUGUCUUUUUCAGUGAAGGCGGCGUACGUCAAGGAUUCUGCUUCCAACUGUUGUCGGCCGAGGAGCAAGCCAAGGAUCCGCUGUUGGAGGGCGUCAAGGCAUACGCAUCGCUGUCGCCUUUCGCAUUAUCACACGAUGAAUACGAGGCCAUCUACCGCAUCCUCGUCGAUGCUUUGCCUGAUCCUUAUCUGGACACGCGCCAUCCUCUUCAGCUGCACCGUUUACUGCCUGCCGUCAUCCAUCUGUCCAACCUUACUUCCCACUAUCCCAAGGAAACGCGUGCCUUUGUUGCUUUCCAUAUGCCGCUACCUGGCGGUCCGUUAGCCAAUAUUCCUGGCUUGAGUCACUACGAACGCGCCGUGAUUGCUCUGCUACUUGCUUACCGUCAAGGCGGUACGGUGCCUGAUCCUGUGUUUUACACCAUUCAAGGCAUGGUGGGCCGAAAGGGGAUUGCCGUGUGCAAAUAUCUCGGUCGAUUGAUGGAACUGGUAUUUGCUGUUUCGCCGAUCCGGCCGGGUGUGGGUUUAAUCAAGAGCGGUCUUCGAUUUACAACUCUGACGGGUCCUUCGUCAUGGGCCAAUGAACCGAAUGAUGAUACCGACGACAACUGUUCUCCUGACUUGUUGGAAGAAGAUGAACAGUAUCCUACUAUGCAAUUGCAAAUCCACUUGCCAAAAGCCGAGUGCCCUCUUAUUGAAGCCCCUGCCGUGAUGUCUGUCAUUGAGAGUCUCGACAAGAAGAUUAACACCAGAAAGUUUGAUAUGGACGAAGAACGAAGAGCGUUGAACUGCCCUACCCUCUUCUCCGUUGACAUUAUUCGUCAAUGA